GGAUCACCGCUGAGAACAAACCCACAGUUCAAAGUAAUCACCCUCUCAUUGCGGGUUUGCCUCAUACUUUCAGCUCCUUCUCUCUGCUGGCUCAUAAAGCCAAUGCCGUCGUCCAACAUGGCUACGCAGCGAAAUCCAUUCCAAGCUCUGGUUGACCGCGGAAAGCGCCGCACUCUGGCCGAGAUCGAGGCAGCGACCAGGGGCGCCAACCCCUAUAACGCCAUCCAUAACCGAGCUCCUCGACAGACAACGAGACAGGCCAGACUUUCAAAAUGGAUCUCAGAUCAGCGGGUCCUUCUUGCCGAGGAGGACCUGAUUGUUCUGGACAACCCUAGCCCUGCUCAGUCCAGCCGAUGCAUGUCAGCCUCCGCUCGCAGCCGUGGCAACGAGACAACCAGCCAGCGGCCUCACAGUCAAGCUGCUUGCCCUGGCGCACUUGUCAGGCCGUCCAGCACGCUCCCGCACACUCCCCCCUCGUCCUCUCGCUUCCCACUCGAUGGUCUGAAGCGCAAAGCGUCCUGUUUAGACGACAACGACGACGAUGUCAUCAUCGUCCACCCGCCGCCCGCUAGUUCGCGACGCGGUUCACGCACCACAACGGUCAUAGACCUGACGAAACACAAUUGUCCCAAGCGUCAGUCGUCCUUCCUCGGCAACCACGACGACGACGUCAUCAUCAUCGAUCCACCAGCCGCCGAAAUGCGUCGUGCGUUGCGGCCACUCCUUCUCGGGACGCCGAAGGACGGGACCAUUCGCCCCGCAAAGAGACCGAAGCAACCGAACCAGCAACAGACGAACCUGACGUCCGCUCGGAGACGAGGACGGUGCAACGCCGGACCGACCGCACCCAAGACUAACGCGCUGUCGGCAAGCGCAACCGACGCAACGGUGGUUGUCGCGAACCCGGCUGAAACGGGCACAGAAGAGGUGUCGGUCGUGCUGCAAAGCGUCGAGUCGGUGACUCACUUGUUCACACUGGCCACCGAGAUCCGGGACGAAAUUUAUCGACAUCUGCUCGUCUCAACGAAGCCCAUCCACGUCCAGAACCUUUGGACCGAGACAGCCCGUCGUCCUAGUCGGCGAGGGGCCGGGGAUGAUUGCGCAAACACCACCAUUGAUACGCGAAUUCUCAGUGUAUGCCGUCAAACCGCCGUGGAAGGUACACGCAUCCUGUACUCGGAGAACUGCUUCCUUUACCUGCUUCGAGACGAGGUCUCCAAGGGGCGACGAAGCCAACGGUUUGCCGACAGCGGCCGAAAGAUCAACCUAGCCAAGUAUGGCCACCUCAUCCGACACAUGGCCAUCGAACUGGAGCCGAACCGCACGGAAGCUUCGUACGAGUCACUAAUGGCUGAUGCCCUCGCGACUCUGGCACCUGGGCCUACCACUGGGAAGAUAACCCCUGAUUGUUCAAUCCAUUUGCACACUCUGACGGUUACUGUGUCGCCGUUGCUCCAGGCGAGUCACCGCACCUUGCGAGGCCCCGGUUUGGGCAACCAAGGCAUGAUUGUUCAUGAGGGCCGUUUCCUCAGCGUGGUUAGCUUUUUCAGUAGGGGCGCGCCUGUUCUCAAGGCGCUCCAACGCAUCAACGCCGAUUUCUUGCGCAUAAACGUCCACGUAAACUCGGAUAUCAAGACCGGCACCUCGAGCAACGAGUCCGGAGACGAGGCAGACUCUGAGUCCGACGGGGAGGUUUCCGACACCGCAUCUCGGCGCCCCAAGAAGCGCCACCUCGAGACCACCAUCGACUUGCGCUGCCUCCCUCGCCGCAUGGAAGCUCUCAGCCGGGAGGACCCUCUUGGUAACCUCUGGGCGAACGAUGCCCUCAUGCAAGCAAGGCGCCACGAUCAAGGCGCCAAAGCAAACAAUACUCUGGUUAACCUUCGCUUGCACAUCGAGCAGGCCUGUCUGGAGCCUGAAAAGGCGCUGCGCGGCGGUGUGUGGGAGGAUCACGCUGCAGCAGAGCGUCGGCGCCGGGAGAAAAAGGCCAAGGAGGCAGCGCGGCUCGAUGGCGAUGCGUGGGAUGUCAAGGAUGAUAGGCAGGGCUUGGACCGUUGGAUCUCGAGGGGGAUGAGGUCGUUGAUCAUAUCGAUUGACCGGGUUGGAGGGGAACUGCGGGCUUAUCGGCCUUGACCAGAGCCAAGGUGCAUUGCCGGGGCAGAAUGCCGUGGAGGUAGGAAUGAGGCUGGGGUGGAGAACCUGGAAUGGGGUUUGCUGGAGUUUGGAAUCGGCGAAGAAGGCCGAAUGGUUUGCGUUCGGGGCGUUGGGCAUGGGCUCGGGCCGGGCGAACCUUCAGCAU